AUGAGUCGGCCGCACAUCCAUAUUCAUCCCCAGUGCGGAGCUUGUGGUGAUGAUUUCAGCCUUGGGCAGGAAAUCGUCGCGGCCAUUCGAAAGAGUCGCUCUAUCCAUAUCAUCAAUGCGUUUACUUUCCCAGACUACGGUGUCAGCGAUGAAGCUGCAGCAGACAUCGAGUGGCACUUCUGCCGCAAACCCUCAUGCUCCCAGUGCGACGAUGGCGCCGCAGACGCUGCAACGCUCCACGUCGACUGCUACAACUUAUUCCGGCAACGGUGCAAGGCUAGCGAUUCGCUAUAUCGACUGUGGCUCACGGCAGCGUGGAGAAGACCUUGGCACGGCGCUCCGUCCUUUCGACUGGCCCCUGAUGCCGAUGCGAUAAAAACGAUGCGGCUUGCUGCAACGGCGUGUUCUCUACCCCAGCUGACGACUGUCCCCGCAGAGAUAUUACAAAUCAUAGGCGCAUAUGCUCAGCCGAGCCCUCUUAGCCGCUAUCGCACUGUUAUUGAUUUGGCCGCUGAUUGGAACGGUCGGGAGCUGAGCUGCCAACCAUCACUACCGCUCUCAAGAAUCGCCUCGUGGGAACGAGAUGAACAUGCCGUCGUUGGAGGAGACCUCUCCCCGAUUGUCAAGGUUACAAUUGACUGCUGGGGACUAAAACGAAUCGAGAGGCUGACAGACUAUCCCUCAUUUGCUGGUAAACGAUCGGACGCGGAAACUUAUAUCAUAGAGACGCAGGAUCGGUUAAGAGACGUGAGAGUACAGUUUCAAUCGGGCCUGGCUCGUUUGGAAAUAUCAAAGGAAGCGGCCGAUCUUCAGCUCUGGGACACGCCUGCGCCGCCACCUUUGAAAAGUCUCCGAAACAUGCCCAAGAUUACAGGCACCAUCCAAUUCGCGACAAUCGAUCUCAAAAAGGUGUAUGGCCUUACAUUCUUCGUAACAAACGGAUCUACCCUCGCCGUACACAGCCAUACACGCAGACGACCCCGUCCCGAUACGACGUUUAAUCAACUUUCACGCCAACGCCAACGCCACACUGCCUGGGUCUACGUUCCAUUCCCUUCAAAAGAUCGACUCACUCACUUUGGAAUCCGUGCUCCCCACAAGUUCACGAAAUCCCCAUGGGCUAAAUCCGACUAUUCCUACCUGUUCCGCUUCGAAUUGGCUGGAGAUGUCAUGGUCGGGCCCAAUUUUGUAGGACCAACGCAGGAUUUCAUAUGGCCCGUACAAGAACAGCUGCUGCUCAUCUUCAACGUGGCAGAGCUUGCGGCUAUCUCGGCUAUGAGUGCUUAUCCCAACCAAAACAGCGAGAUGCAACCUUUUGCUCGAUUCAGCAAGCCCCUGUUCCAAGACGCGUGUUUCUCGUCUGCGCCCCUGGAGAACAUAGCUCUUCUGCACAUAUAUUCAGACGCCGAAACUGGUCUUUGCCGGGGAAUCCUGGCAGAGUACAACAACGGUUCCCAGCGCGCCCUCGGUGAAUGCCGGAUUGGACUGGAUCCGGUGUGCACGUACCAGAGCCCCGCAUGCUUGUGCUUUGCUCGAGUCACUCGUAUUCGUCCAAGAACGUCUAUUGAGCUGAAAGGAACAAAGGUCAGCAGUGAUAACCAAUCAAAACAUAAGCAUGAUGAAGAGGGGUGGGCAUGUUGUCCGAUGCAAGGGACCCUUCAAUUCUGGUUUACAAAUGAGCAAUCCGUUUUGGAUGUGAUGAUAGAUGAGGCAGGAUCGACCUCUUCAAGCGGGAUUCUUGUUUGA